ACAACACACCUCCAAUCGGCUCCGUUAGCACCAACCAGUCAGCCAGCACACACCACCAUCAGCACCGAAAGUGAUGCCAUUGAUUCAGUCGCUAUUUCGCCAGUGCUCGGAUGACACGUAGUUGAGCAAAUCUCCGUACAACGACCGCGAACUCCGCCAAUUCAAAGAAUCGCCCUAUCCAAGUGACCCGCGCGAAUGUUGUUUUAUUCCAUCUGCACUGUGAUUUUGAUUUAGAAACGUCAGGACUACCAGCCGUACGAGCAAGGUACGAUAACAGGGAAGAAAUUGGACUGCGGUGUUGGCGAAGGGCGGCUUUACGACGGCUACCUGUAGAUUUUCGAGGGCAAGGCGCCCGGUCAGGUCAGGUUAGGUUGUCAACGGUGCUACACAACAGCAGCAGUGACCCGUGGUUUGGUGCGCGACUGCAUAAAUAAAGCAACUUGUUUUAUGCUAAUCGAAUCGGAGACGCUGAUGAAUGGACCUGCAACGGUAGUGCACCUGUGACAUGCAAUUGUGCAAUUUUUUGCAAUAAGCGAAUAAAUAGAAGAUUGAAAAAAGUUAAACGGUGGCCUAGUGCUUUGUAAUAGGUUAAUUAUCAGUGCAAUCUAGUGCUUGAACUGUGCCUGUAGCUGCCAAGUGAUACAAAAAGCGUCCUACCGUCAGAUGCGACCAAACCUUUAGAAUUACAUAAAGUGGCAUACGAGUUAAUUGCGUGACUUGGCAAGUGAUCCAAGUUUCGUACAUUCGUUCGAAAGUGUGUUGGCGCCAUUUCAGCCGGUAACUUUAUUUUUGCUUUCGAGGUGCUGCUGCUGCGUACUCUGGACCGUAACCUGCAACAGCUCAGCUCAGCUCAGUAGGGCGGCAAGACUUGUCUUUUCCAGUUCCAGUUCAGCGAGCCGUUGAAUCAAAGUCAGAAGUUGCUACCACGAAACCUGCAAACUCAUCGUUUCAACCUUAAAAAUCAAAGCACCGAGCGACCUUUGCUCAGCAAUCAGCUGUCUCGAAUUGGAAAGUGUUUGUGUGUGUGUGUAUGAUUUUUUUGCCAGGUUGCAAAAUAUAAUCAGCUAAAAGUAGAAAAGAAAAAGUUGAGCUCCAAUCCGUCGAUUAGCAAUAAUAAGCUCAAACGACAAAGCGAUAACGCGAGGGGAAAUUCCAGCUGAAUUUUCGACAAGCGGGUGGAUUAUUUUUAACGAGCGUGAUUGAACGUUGCAUGGACGGUAUGACUAUUUCAGCCAUUCCCCCGCAGGAACCAAUCUGGUGCCUAGAGCGGCGUGACUCGGGCCACCUGUUCUGGCGACGGGAAUCAUCCAAGGUCAAAUUCCGUUACGACGUCGAAGUGCUCGAAUUUACCCGGGAUCCCGGCGAGGAUCAACUACUGAUCACGGACAGUGAACUGAAGGAGAAGAACGAACGGCACCUGUCCAACAUGAUUGUGGUGUGUGCAACCUGCGUGGCAGCUAUUGCAGUGACCGUGGUGUUACCCUGGUUCCUGAUAGGGUCGACGUAGGGCAGAAUGGCCUUUACUCGACUAGCAGCACCAGAUUAGCCGGUACAAAGGCUACGAGCUGGAUGGGUCACCCAGACGAAUAUUAUUUCAGAUAUUAAUUCUUAGGUAUUAUUGUUCGACUCGGUGCAAACACGCACACAGACAACGGGACCAAGUAGGGUCAAAGUCGAUUUACUUUUUACGGCUUGAGCCACUUUUAUACACUAUGAGUUUUCAUAAGCGCACACGUAUUUGUAUGUAUCUCGACGGUGUGAAGGGCAGGGCAGGCGGCGAGGAGCGCUCUUAUCUCUGCUGAUGGAAUCAAUUAGUUUUAGUUGUAAGACAGCGAAGAUUGAUGGCGGGGUUGUACAUAUUUGUUACGAGAAGUGAACUACGAAGCUGUUACCUAGAUUUAAGUCACACGAGUUGCCUUGUGGAAAAAUAUAUUUACAAAUUUCGUAGGUCGACUAAAAUUUGAGAAUUUAUCGUCUGGAAAUGCAUGUUACUGAACAGUUUGAAGUCAAAGACAAAGUUUACUGAUUCUUCUAAAAUUAUCGCUUCUACCAAAAGCGGACGCACGGUUGUUUUUCGUCUGAUGAAGGACCACGCUGCCUCCUCCUGUUUACGCUUGGCAAACUAUGAUGCUCCCCGGACGAAUCAUUUCAAUCAACCCGAACAAUUCCUUUCUCCAAUAAAUCACUCAACCAGUUCCAGACCGUUCAGCCAACAUGCCAGAACCGAACCAAUGAAUAUCGAACCGCGAAAAAUAGCUUAGUGGUGUACAGAGAUAAAUCACAGUAAACACACAAAUAUUUUUAGCGAAAUUUUCCUCCCUGUCAAUGUCGAAAAGUAGAAAUUUGGCAAACCACAGGCCCGUGCGGGGCGCCAUCCAUUACGGAACAAAGAACGACACACGUUUAACGUUCAACGAAAUGCUUGCGGCAGUGGCGAUUAGUCGGCGUUGGGAGAGUUUACGGAAGCGAUCGGUGUUCAAUAUUCGGCCUCCAACGAUGUCGCGCGAAAAAAAUGGUCCCGCGCCAUUGAACCCCACCAUCGAGGUGCUACUGCGGGGACGAAUUGCAAGUUCGCCCGACGCAUCUUUGUGAAAAGUAAAGAAGAAGCCAUUUCAGGAGCGCCCCACGAUUCAACUGGCACGUAGGUAUGCGUACAUUUGUAAAUAUGUACACGAGUUCCGGGAAUAGGAGAUUUAUGUUUAUUUGCUCGUAUAUAGUUAUUGUUGUUUGUAAAUGGGUAGACUGAUAUUUUUCCGAAAUUUUCGUAACCACUUCUUACUUCUAACAGAGGAAUGUGAGACAGUUUUCCCCUUCUCGAAGGAAUCAGCAUUUUUCAGCUGAUGUAAAUAUUGACAUGUAUGGUGAAAGGCAAAUGUGGAGUGAAUGAGCGAAACUGAACUGAUCUGUGUGGCGAUUUAUGAUUUCUGUAUUGGCUAUAUCUAGGGAAUAUUUUGGAUGUUAAUAUUUUCUGUUGUUUCUUCAUAUGAUGAAGAAAGUGGCGUGAUAUUGAACGCUGAAGUUCGAAUAGGAUUAGGUGGCAUAUUUGUAAAGUGAUAAUAGUAUUUAGCAGAAGCAUGGAUAGAUUGUAAUUAAACGACUACGAUACGA